CUAUUAUAUAACAUACACAUGUCUGCUGAUGCUACCAACCACGCAUGCUCCCAUUAGCUCCUGCAAUCUACGAGAGCAUAGGAACAUGAAAGCCAACACAAUUUUCUUGCUAUUAUUCUUUGUUCACUUGGUGUUUCUUGGAGAAUCAAGAUCAUCAUCAUCUGCAGAAGCAGGGAAUGGAAGUGACAACCAGACUAACCGUGAAGUUUAUAUCGUGUAUAUGGGAGCCGCCAAAGAUUCUCUUCGGGAUGAUCAUGCUUAUCUUCUGAAUUCAGUGCUAGCGAGGAACAAGAAUGCUCUGGUUCGCAACUACAGGCAUGGUUUUUCUGGGUUUGCUGUUCGUUUAACUAAAGAGGAGGCAAACUCAAUUGCUCACAGACCUGGUGUGAUCUCUGUCUUCCGGGAUCCAAUUCUGAAGCUCCACACAACCCGUUCUUGGGAUUUCCUUAAGGACCAAAGCCCACUACCCAAAACCCACAGCCCAAACAGGGCCUCCAACUCUGCUCCCUCAUCAGACGUCGUCAUUGGCAUUUUGGACUCAGGUAUAUGGCCAGAGUCAGCAAGCUUUAGCGACAAGGGAAUGGGUCCCGUUCCAUCCCGUUGGAAAGGCACUUGUAUGAACUCCUUUAACUUCAAUUCAUCAAACUGUAACAGGAAGAUAAUUGGAGCAAGGUAUUACCGUGAUCCUAAUGGAGACAAAGUGUUUGAGACACCAAGGGAUGUAGACGGCCACGGAACCCACGUAGCAGCCACAGCAGCGGGAGUCACCGUGCCCGGUGUCUCAUAUUACGGAGUGGCGGCGGGGACUGCCCAGGGUGGGUCCCCGGAAUCACGGUUGGCGAUUUACCAAGUGUGCUUCAAGUAUGAAUGCCCUGGCUCGACGAUUCUUGCGGCGUUUGACGAUGCCAUUGCUGAUGGGGUCGAUGUGAUUUCGGUGUCGAUUGGUCCCAUCCCUGGGUUACGAUCCGAGUUGAAAUACGACCCAAUCGCCAUCGGGGCAUUCCACGCCGUGGAGCGCGGCAUUUUGGUGGUUGCCUCCGCGGGAAACGGCGGACCAUACUUAAACACGGUGGUGAAUGACGCACCUUGGAUUUUUAGCGUUGCUGCCUCUUCGAUAGACAGGGAUUUUAAGUCCAACCUUGCCUUUGGUGAUAACAAAGUCAUCAAGGGUGAAGCUCUUAAUUUCUCCCCCCUUUCAAAUCUACCCAAAUAUCCACUUGUAUAUGGUGAGUCUGCCAAAGCAAAGAACGCCAGGUCAGCUGACGCAAGGCAAUGCUUCCCAGGUGCAUUCGCUAAACGUCUAGUAAAAGGGAAGAUUGUCAUAUGUGACGGUAAAGAUCAUUCAUAUAGAACUAGUUUGAAAGUUGAUGCUGUGCGGGAGGUAAGUGGACUAGGUGUGGUUCACAUUUCUGACCCAAUAGUAGGAGCAGAAAGAAAAGAUUUUGGAGACUUCCCAGUAACAGAGAUAAGUUCUAAAGAUGCUGACAUAAUCUUUCAGUAUGUUAAUUCAACCAGCAAUCCAGUGGCAACAAUUCUCCCAACAGUUUCAAUCCUUGAUUUUAAGCCUGCGCCCAUAAUCCCAUCCUUUUCAGGAAGAGGGCCUUCAGACUUUUCCAAGAAUAUUCUCAAGCCUGAUAUUGCAGCACCAGGGGUCAACAUUCUUGCAGCAUGGAUCGGAAAUCAGAGAGAAGGCGUUCCUAAACAUAAAAAGCCCUCACAGUUCAAUAUCCUCUCGGGUACUUCUAUGGCAUGUCCACAUGUUUCAGGACUUGCAGCUACCAUCAAAUCUCAAAACCCCACUUGGAGUGCUUCUGCAAUCAAAUCAGCAAUAAUGACCACUGCAACUCAAAAGAACAAUUUGAAGGCUCCCAUAAGAACGGAGACAGGAUCAACAGCCACACCUUAUGACUAUGGAGCAGGGCAAAUGACACUGUAUGGACCAUUCCACCCAGGGCUAGUUUAUGAAAACAACACAGUUGACUACUUGAACUACUUAUGCUAUAUUGGAUAUAAUGUAACCGUGGUUAAGAUUAUAUCGAGAUCUGUUCCUAAUAAUUUCAGCUGCCCCAAAGAUUCUAGUUCUCAUCAUAUAUCCAACAUCAACUAUCCUUCCAUAGCAAUCUCCGACCUCGAAGGGAAAAAUGUUGUAGAAGUUACUAGAACUGUUACAAAUGUUGGCGAAGAGAACGAAACAAUUUACUCUCCUGUUAUCGAUGCUCCUAGAGGGAUAAAGGUCAACUUGAUUCCAAAUAAACUUCAAUUUACGAAAAAUAGUAGAAAACUAAGCUACCGAGUUAUCUUUUCAUUCACGUCGACCAUGUCGAUGGACCAUUUAUUUGGAUCAAUUACUUGGAGUAAUGGUAAAUAUGAUGUUCGAAGUCCAUUUGUAUUAAUUAAGAGCUAAAUUAGAAGGAACUAUGAAUAAAUGAAACCCAAUAUUUGUCAA